AUGAGGGAAGUUCAACUUUUAAUUUUGUUUCUGGCCAGUGGAAUGGCUUACUCUUUGGAACAUCUUAAAUUCUUUAAAGAUUUCUUGAAUGCAGUGGAAAAGGAACGAUCUAUAUCAUCUCUUCUUCUAAUGCAAAGUGAAGUUCAGGGGAAGGAUAUUCUGCAAGGACUUUAUCCCAUAUCCUGGCCUAUCAUACGUCUAGAUGGAACUCAGAAAAUUGAGUUGGUUGACCAUUACAACAAGGAGUUCUUGGCCUUGGUCUAUAUGGGUUCCCAAGAUGAUAUAUUGCUACUCUCCGCACUGGCAGCCAACUUCAAUCAUAUGAGAGAAGCCAGGAUAGUGAUUUGGUUGGAUCUUAAUCCCUCUAAGAAGUUCCUCGCGGACAUUGCAAGUCAGGCAGAUAAGCAUAAGUUCUUAAAUCUCUUGGUAAUAGAAAAGACACUAACCACUCGACGUUUUUAUCCAUUUCCUCAGCCAAAGUUCGAAGUGAUUGAAAAUCUUCUUGAAGAAAAGAAAAUAUUUCCCGUUCUUUGGCACAACUUUAAGGGAAAAUUAGCUCUGACAUUGCCCGACUUAGUCCCACCACGAAGUUUCUACGCGAAAGAUUCUAAAACAGGUCGAGAGAAAAGAUCUGGCUUAGUUUAUAAAAUGUUUGACAAUUUUGCACAAAGGCGCAAUAUUACGUUGAAACUACAAGAUUUCUUGAAUAAAUCGGUGACCCAAGAAGAAAUCAUUGAGAGGACAAUUAGCGAUGAGAUAGAUCUGCCAAUGACCGGGCAGUUGAUAAACUUUAGACAUCCAAAUGGUAGCAGAAUACAACCUCUGUUGGGGAUGACAGCCCUUACGAUUGCAGUGCCUUGCGGCAAAGAGUUGUCAAUGCUGGAAGGAUUCUUAGUAGCCUAUGGAUUUGCAUCGACUAUAUUUCUGUUAGGAUCCUACAUUCUGUUGAGCAUCAUGGAUGUUCUACUUCGAAUACUAAGCAAUCGAGUCAAACGACAUUCAAAUCGUUUUGGAUACCUGAAUAUGUUACUGAAUCUUCGUGUUCUUCGUUGUAUUCUCAACAUGUCGAUACCUUUGGGUAAUCGCCUUCGAUCUGUAGUCGGUCAGUUUACCAUAGUAAUGAGUUUCGCGGGCUUAAUGUUAUCCUGCAUUGUUGGAGCCCAAAUCAGUACUCUGCUUACCAUGAGUCCCCAAUACCAACAUAUUAGGACCUUUGAAGAGUUAAGGGAAAGUAACAUAACCGUUGUAUUCAAUCGUCUCAAUUACGACACCAUCAAAUUGGAGAUGGAUCCAGAGUUUCUGCAAAAGUUUAUGCCGAAUAUCUGGAUUGUGAGAAGCCUGGAACAAAUGAAGAUGAUAACUGACUUGAAUACGAGCUUUGCCUAUCAGACAUAUGCAUACCAACAGGAUCCUUUUACGAUGCUGCAAAGCCACUCUAAACGAAAGGUUCUGUGUAGGUCUCGAAAAUUGGAUCUGGUCAGUGGUUUGGCCUAUUCCGCUGUCCUAGAACAGAACUCAAUUUAUGCUUUGGCCUUGCAGGAUUACACAGAUUGGGUUUGGGCUACCGGGUUGUUCAAUUACUGGUUCGGUGAAGCUAUGCGCGAUUUCAUGUAUACAUUUAGCAAUAUCAGUUAUGAUAAAUUACCCAUUGUGAGUGGUUAUGAAGCCCUGAAUCUACAGGAUUAUAAGGCCUGUUGGCAAGUACUCGUAGGGGGUUUUACUCUAGCUAUUUGUGUCUUCAUCGUAGAGCUACUGGUGGGAAGGCCAAGAAUCAAUGUUAUUGAGCAACCCAAAGAAGAAAGAGAACUUUUCCCCGUUCUCUGGCGUAAUUUUAUGGGCAAAACAGCUGUGACAAUACCCGACCUGGUGCCACCCCGAAGUUUCUUCUUGAUAGAUCCAAAAACUGGUCAAAAAAGACAUGGUGGCUAUAUGCAUAAAAUCAUUACAAGUUUUGCGAAAACCUACAAUAUCACAUUGGAAAUGAAGAUGCCCAUAAACGAAAGUGUAUCCCAAGUGGAUAUUAUUGAAAAGACAAUUAAAGGAGAGAUAGAUCUGCCGUUGACAGCACAUUUGGUCAAUAUGAGGCAUCCAAACGAGAGCAGAAAAGAUUCCUUUCUGGGCAUUACCACCUUGUCCAUCUUAGUGCCUUGUGGCGAGGAAAUGACGGUUUAUGAACGGUUGUAUCUAGUCUACGGACUUACAACGGUCAUAACAAUGAUUCUAUCUUACAUCUUAAUGAGCAUUAUAGAUGUUCUAUUUGGAAUCUUAUGCGACCGAAUCAAAAGAAAUCCAAGCCGUUUUAAGGUUCUAAAUGUGAUUUUCAACCUGCGGGUACUGGCCUGCAUUCUUUCCAUGUCGAUUCCCAAGGGAAAUAGACUUAGAUCCGUUCUGGGACAGUUAACUGUAGUUAUGAGCUUUACAGGCUUGCUGUGGGCCUCCAUUUUGGCUGCUCAGACUAGCACUCUCCUGACUAUGAGUCCGCAAUACCGACACUCCAUGAACUUUCGAGAGUUACGGAAAAGUAACAUUACCGUGGUUUUUAACCGCCUCAACUACAUGCUUAUCAAACGUCAGAUGGAGCCGGAGUUUUUUAAAACGUUUUUACCAAAUAUUUGGAUUGUUAAAAGUCAAGAGCAAAUGAAUAUGAUUACCUCCUUGAAUACCAGCUAUGCUUAUCAUACUUUCACCUAUAAAAAGGAUCCAUCGACGAUGAUCCAAAGGCAUUCCCGUCGCAAGGCCUUGUGUAGGGCACCAGAAUUGGAUAUGGUCAGUGGACUUACACACUCCGCUGUUCUGGAACAGAAUUCUGUAUAUGCCUUGGCUCUGCGGGAGUUUACAUUUCAGGCUUGGAGUACAGGACUUUCACAGCAUUGGCUUGACGAGGCGAUUAUGGAAAUGAAGUCUUCGACAAGCUGA